AUGGCGGCCGCCGAAUUAGCGUUCACUUCCGCCCUCAGUGGCAGACUUCCGCUCAGUAAUCUAGCCAUGCUGGUUAGUAGCUGCAGGUUUCUCCAGGUUUUGGGCAGGACAGCAGGCUAUGAGGGUCAGGGGGCUCUCAGAGUUAGGGGGCUCCCAGAAACAAGAGCAUUAUGGGUAAGGAGUGAUGCCCAUGUCACCUGGUAUAGCAGGCUGUGUGCCCCCAGUUCAGCUAUAAGACCCCAGAGUACCUACCUGGUGCCCCUCCACAGGAACCUUCACACAUCCAGCACCCACCAUGGGGAACCUACCCUGGGGCAGAUCCAGUCCACUCAUUACCAUCUCAUAUACACCUGUAAGGUAGGUACCCUGUGUGCUCUGUGCCCCCUGACUGCUGGGUACUUACUGCCAGGGCAGCAGAGGACAGUGCCAUGUGUUAUAUAGAGAGACAGACAGACAGAGACACAGACAGACAGACAGAGAGACAGAGGGUGCUUUGUAUCAAUAUGUCAGUAACUGCUGCCAAUGGAAGCCUCCCCCCCACUAAACUCUCACUGUCUGGAUCCCAGUCUGUCAGAAUUAAUUUACUAAAGUGAGAAUUCAAAGUGAAUUUUAAAAUGUUUUGGUAAAAUAGCCAAACUGCUAUGUUGUCAUAACCUCCUAAUAUAGAGUCUACAGGUUGUGCGUCCUCUUGUGUUUUUUUUUUUUAAAUCAAUUGUAGUGAAUUAAAAACCAAAUUCCAACAUUUGGAAGAUAAUUUGUUAAACACUGAAUUUUGGUGGAAAGUACAAUCCAAGCACCAUAACCACUACAGGACGCAGGAGCGCAGUAGAGCUCCCUUCAUCCCCUCGUUGUAAGUAGUAAAAUUAUGUUAAAACCAAGAAGCAUUCCCUGGAUACAUAAGUUACAGAGCUGGCAAACUCCGAAGCAGGUUUUUCCGUUCGAUCCAUAAUCUUUACAGUGUGCCCUACAGGUUAGGAUCUUAGAGUGCCCCUUUAAAUCAAAAUCACUAAAAUAGCCAACCUGUGGUUACAGAAGAGUUUUGGCUAAUGUUUUGUACACAGAGAAGCAGGGUAGCUUUAAUAAUGCCACCCUAGUGUCAGCAUGCUGUUGGACCUAUAGACCCCUCCAUAAUUUCCUAAAAAUAUCCUUUUAUAGAACGACAAACAAUUGGAAGGGAAAAUGUGAAAUCAAAGGAACACUAUAGGGUUAGGGAUGCAAUCAUGUAUUGUAUUCCGAACCGUAUAGUGUUCUCCUCUCUAAAUAGAUUCAGGGUUGCCCCCCACCCCCACCUAAAUUAAAUAUAAAAAAGGGAAAAUUCUAUGGCUUGUCCAUUCCAAUACUUUUCCAUGAGAAGCAUUAGGGACAGGAAAUGUAUGUGUGGCAAGCUCCGCACCCUUCCAAUAGAAUGCUCUCUGUAAGAAGAAUUCGAAGGAGGUGACGUGUGAGCAUUUGAAACUGUUCUCAGAGCACAAAGCUCCUCUAGUGGCUGCCAGUAUCUACAAACGACAAUGUUUUCAAUCGAAGGACUAAAAUUACAGUUGCACUGCACCCAGACCACUUCAUUAAGCUGAAGUUGUCUGGGUGACUCCAGUGUCCCUUUAACACUCCAGUGUCCCUUUAACACUCCAGGCACCAGUGCAACUUUAUUGCAUUUGCUAGGCUUUUGUCUUAAUAUGCUGCUUUUACUUUUUGCAAGCUGAAAUCUUGGAUUUGUUUCUGCACAAAAAGAAAAUAUUUUGCAGACUGCUGCAACAUAAUCCCACCUCUUUAGCCACAACCCCUAGUGCCAGAAAGGUUUCAUUAUUACAUCUUAUGUACGCAGCUCAGCCACUAGAGUGGCACUAGCCCUCCCUAUGGGGAAGCAUUGGAUUGGCUGAGAUCAUCAGUAUUGGGGAGGAGGGGUGACUGCGGCGAGAGUCAAACCGCACACUGUUGUUCUGAAGGUCCGUUAAUAUAUGAAUUUUAUAACCUCUGUGGGGCAGCUGAAUCUAAAUAGCCUCUAAAUCACUCUAAGAUUAGGAAAGCAUGUUUGCAUUCCUAAUGCUAGUGUUCCUUUAAAAAUAUGUGAUGUCUCUCUGAGCUGCCCGGACCUGGGCCUGAUCUAGCCUGACACGACCACCUACCCCCACCCAAGAAGGUUCACUUUUACCUUCGAUCCUUGUUAAAUGGGUACCUCAACAGUGGUGCCCGAUUAUAGUUAUAAGUUAAUGUUUUUUAAGUUAUGUUGUAUAAUGGUAUGUCAAUCGAAACAUGUUGUCUGGAAUAUGCUAUGUAAUACUACGAACUUGCCUCUAGGUCAGGAUCUAUAUGCAUGUACAAUGGUAUCCAGUGAACAAGACCCAGGAUCACUUGGCUCUCUUCGGCAAGUACACUACUGGAGAGCUGCAUACCGCCCUUCCCAUUGGGUAGCCCGCACACCUUCAUGCCAUCCACACGAGCUAAGGUUAGACCACAGCACCAGACUAGCACAAAUCCACACACUGUUCGCACUAUGAAAAUGUACACACACAGCGUUAGAGGACUAAAUAACCCGCACAAGAGACACACCUCUACUAAGAGAACUGAAGGCCACACAGGCCGACAUAAUCUGCCUACAGGAAACGCACUUCCAAAGGAAUUCCAACACGGUCCUAGGGAAAAUGAUCUAUCCCCACCAAUAUCAUGCAACAGCCCCAACAAAGAGUAAAGGGGUCUCUAUCCUCCUCAGCCGCCACUUGGCGUAUGAAAAAAUAACGGUGAGGCAAGACCCACAGGGAAGGUACCUUAUCUUGAUAUGCACCAUAAACAACUCCACUUACACUAUUGUAAAUGCAUACCUCCCUAAUGUAAACCAGGGUAGCUUCCUCAGAAUGCUACUGACACUCGUAGCACAACUGCAGACGGGCACGACUAUCCUUUGCGGGGAUCUUAACCAGUACCAAGACCCUCUACUGGACUCGACAGCGAAACACUCGUCACGAAGAGCUAAAACACUCCACAAACACUGCAGGUCUUUGACCAAACUUUUACACACAUUCGGUCUCUAGGACGUCUGGCGAACACUGCACACACAAGACAGGGAAUUUCUCACAGGUACACAACACAUAUUCGAGGAUAGACUGCUUUCUACUACAGGGUGCACACCUAAACAUGGUGAGAACAUGCGAGAUAGGGACUUCCACCUGGUCAGACCACAGCCCAGUGACCCUCACUAUUACGGACCAAUAUAACUACAAAAACCGCAGCCCCUGGAGAUUGAAUGAACAACUCCUAAUGACAUGCAGGCAUACCUCGAUAACAAUGACACCCAAGAUAUAUCCCCCAUGACCCUUUGGCUGGCCCACAAACCGGUGAUCAGGGGAUUGUUGAUACGCAGAGCCUCCUACCUUAAGAAAAGCGGAGUAUAAAUUGUCGGAAUGAAAAUAUAAUUUUGCCUCUUAUAAAUCGCUGGUAAGACCACACCUUGAAUAUGCUGUGCAAUUUUCGGCGCCUGUUCUAAAGAAAGAUAUCAUGGCACUAGAAAAAGUCCAGAGACGAGCUACAAAAUUGAUAAAAGGAAUGGAGCAUUUUAGUUAUGAAGAAAGGUUAAAUAAAUUAAAUCUGUUUAGUUUGGAAAAACGGUGCCUGUGAGGGGAUAUGAUAACUUUAUACAAAUAUAUUUGGGGCCAGUACAAACCUUUAUCUGGAAAUCUAUUCAUAAACAGGGCUAUACAUAGGACACAAGGUCACACAUUUAGGCUGGAAGAAAGGAGAUUUCAUCUAAGGCAAAGAAAAGGUUUUUUUUACAGUAAGAGUAAUAAGGAUAUGGAAUUCUCUGCCUGAAGAGGUGGUUUUGUCAGAGUCACUACAGAGGUUUAAACUGCAAUUGGAUAAAUACUUACAAAAACAUAACAUACAGGGAUAUAAUUUCUAAUUAGUGGGGUAAUAGCUGCUUGAUCCAAGGAGACAUCUGGCUGCUAUUUUGGGGUCAAGAAGGAUUUUUUUUCUAGUUUGUGGCAAAAUUGGAAGCGCUUUAGACUAGGUUUUUUGCCUUCUUUUGGAUCAACAGCAACAACAUAUGUGAGGAAAGCUGAACUUGAUGGACGCAAGUCUCUUUUCAGCUAUGUAAAACAUAUCACACAACACAUAUUCAGAAUCUGAAGAAACUACACGACCUCCACAAAACCAAUCAAAUCACUCCCUCCAAAAGCACACAAGACGAGAUAUCCAAACUCCAACGGCACAUCAACACGGCAAAUUUUUAAAAAGCGAGCUACGCAAUCAAAAAACUAAAAGCCACAACCUUUGUAAUGGGGAACAGAGCUAGUAAAGCAUUGGCCCAGAGACAAAAUCCCCUACCUUCUGACGUCCUCUGGCCAGAAACUGUUAUAACCCACGCAAAUAUGCAACGCAUUCGCGAGCUAUUACCGUUCCCUCUACAAUCUAAAAGACAACAAUUCAGUCAUACUGCCGACACACACCACAAUCAAAGGCUACUUAGACUGUAUCGACUUGCCCAAGCUCACAGCCCACCAAGUUGCCCACCUCACAGAACCGAUCUCUACUCAUGAGGUAAAACGGCUAAUUGAAUCCAUGCCGAAAGCGAAAGCCCCGGGCCCAGAUGGCCUCACUAAUCUGUACUAUAACACCUUCAAAAUCACAUUAAGCCCCUACGUCACACGAGCCCUAAACUUCGCUACAGCGCAGGGCUCUGUGCCACCCGAAUUCCUAGCGGCCCAUAUUAUCACCCUCCUGAAAUCAGGCAAGCCACCGACACAACGUCCAAACUUCAGACCCAUCUCGCUGCUAAAUGCAGAAGCCAAAUUAUAUGCAAAAAUAUAUGCGGAACGGUUAAAAAAUCUACUACCCAGUUUGAUCGCGACGGACCAAGUGGGGUUCGUGACAGGCAGACAAGGCCCAGAUAACUCCCGCAAAGUACUAGAUAUCCUCCACUAUCUCAACCGGUCCAAACAGCAGUGCACGAUGCUCUCACUAGACGCUGAAAAAGCGUUCGACCGGCUCAACUGGAAAUUCCUACAUGAGACGCUGCAUAGGUACGGUUUUCCACCCACCUUCCUGAAUAUGGUCCAAACACUUUAUAGCUCGCCGUCGGCCACUGUUCUGAACUCUGGCUUCAGCUCAAAUACAUUUAACAUAUCGAACGGCACCCGACAGGGCUGCCCCCUCUCCCCACUACUCUACGUACUAGCCCUUGAACUGCUGGCCAUAGCCAUUCGCAACAACCUAGACAUACAGGGGAUCACUAUAGGGGGCAAGGAAUACAAGUUGAACCUCUUCGCGGAUGACAUCCUCCUCACUCUCUCCAACUCGACGGUAUCCCUACCAAAUUUACAGAAAGAAAUUCAGAAAUACAGUAACAACUCAUACUACCAACUAAACCUGUCCAAAACCCAGGCCAUGUGCAUCAAUGUGGCUAAGUCAGACGAGGAAAGAUACAGAUGAAACUUUAAUUACGACUGGAGGGACGACCACCUCACAUUUCUAGGCAUAAAACUGACCAAGAGACUCACAGACCUCUUCGCCGCCAACUACACUAGAUUCCUCAAAGAAGUGGAACACAUCCUACAGACGUGGCAGAACAAAUAUCUCUCAUGGCUGGGCCGAAUAGCGCCCAUCAAAAUGACCAUACUCCCAAAAUUCCUAUGCCUGUUCCGCUCCCUGCAAGUACACCUCCCCCAGACUUACUUACAAAGACUGCAGUCUACCCUAAUCAGAUUUAGCUGGGGUGGAAAGCAUCCCAGAGUACCAAGAAUGCUCCUAAUGAAACCGACCGACAAGGGGGGCUUGGGAUUCCCCAAUAUCAAGGCCUAUUAUCAAGCAACCAAGAUAAUUAAUAUCCUCACCAUGCACACCCCCGCAUACACUCCCCAAUGGAUAGAAAUUGAAGCCAGCUGUGGCGAGGUCACGAACCUCCCAGCAUCAGUUUGGGCGCCCAAGGAACUAAGGCGCACAGCCCAAGCUACACUACCCACGACUAAACUAAUGUACACCUGCUGGGAUACUCAUAGAACAGCCCUAUGCUCUGCCAGGCCUUGGUCCAUGGCAACUCCACUGGGCACCAUUGGGCUGUGCAACGAAAUGUUCCCAUCCAGAGCAUGGCAACGAUGCAAAAUCACACACCUACACCAGGUAUGCACCUCGCAAGGGCCACAAACGCUACAAAAUUUACAGGCAAAAUACAACAUUCCACCACAUCUCACAUUCUCGUACUGGCAACAAAAAACAAUAAUUGGCAACAAGGAGGAGAAAGGCCCCACACCAACAUUCAAUACCACUCUCACACACUUCGAAAAGAUGUGUCUCCAUCUAACACCGAUCCACCAAACCCUAUCACUUACUUACAAACACCUUAACUCCCCAAAAAAGGAUCCUGUCUGGCACUUUAUAGAUGAUUGGAAUAAGGAUAUAGGUAGAUCCCUCACGCAGGAAGAAUGGGACAGCAUUUACAGAAAUCAUAAGGGACUAACCACCUGCGCGUCUCACCUGGAGGCCGCAAGGAAACUACUGUAUAGGUGGUACAUGGUACCCACCCUACUAAAGGCAAUAUACCCAAACACAAGCGACAGAUGCUGGAGAUGUCUGUCACAUGAGGGUACUCAACUCCAUAUGUGGUGGACAUGCGACCUGGUGCGGCCCAACUGGGAACAAAUAGUGAAACUCAUACAGGGGGCCACAGGGUGCAUAUUAGAACACACUAUUGAAACCAUACUACUCAAACACAUGCCAAGAGGAGUACCCCACUGCAUAGCUAAAAUCAUAUUCAUCACACUCUCUUCGGCCACUACAUUGUUAGCCAAACAAUGGAAGACGCGGAUAUCCCUACAGUGUCAGAGGUAGCCGCACUAGUCUCUACCACACUGGAAUAUGAAGUGGCCAUGUGGAACCAAACAAAAAUGGGAAAAGGCUGCACUACAGCACAUGCAAUGUGGACAACAUAUAUAGAAACCAGGAGAACCAGUGACCCUGUUAGGAUAGGAUGAGGCUCAAAGAGACAUAACUAGGCAUAACUAGACACCCAAGGUAACGUAAGAACAUACCGAUUACCCCAGUUAUACCCCCCCCUCUUUUUAACAACCCUCCCCAAUGGGUAGCCGUUCAUAAGCAGGGCAGUCCUCCUCUACACAGUCGGAGGAGUGGAAGAAUAAAAAAAAAAAAAAAUGAAGAGCUCCCCGAAUAAUACAUGUCCACCUAGACCCACCGAAGCCCUACCACAGAACAGAGCAAGAGUAACCCGUAAACACUCGCCCGCACAAUAAUUAAAGGCACAGCAGUUAGCCAAACAAUUUGGCACUGAGCGACGCCACCUCAGUUAUAUCACCAAACACAGAAACCCUCCCGAAGUUUAACAGGGAGCCGAACCAGUAACCAAACCCCAAACGCCACCACUAGGGCACUGACGCACGGUUGGCCAAGGAAACAUAGACACCACAAAUGGGGUACGGAGCAUCGAUCCAAGCAACCCCACAACACAAUUAGAAGAAAAAAAAAACCCUCGUGGGGCAUGAGACUGACCCUUAAUGAAAGGGAGCUUUAGGAGGGAAACAAGCUUACCACCCGUUCAUAUCCCUCAACCCUCCCCUUUUGUUUUCUGUACCCUCUCCCCAUCCCACUAAGCCAACGUAAAGUAGCACUUAUUGAAUUAUGUAAGUCGUUGAGUUGCAGAUCAAGGAUGUUAUGGUGUUACAAGCAUUGUAUACUGACAUGGACAUCUUUUGACCCGCUCCCCUUCUUCCCUUCUGUACCCAACACAAAUAAAAAUUGUCAGAUUGGAAAACAAUAUGUGAUGUAUAGUCUGUAACAAUCCCUAUAUUGGUAUGUUGUGCUUUUUUUUGCAUAUUUGACUGUACUGAAUCUUUUCUAGUGUUUUUUUCAUUUAAUUUUUUUUUUUCAGAGAAGUUAAAGGACCACUAUAGUGCCAGGAAAACAUACUCGUUUUCCUGGCACUAUAGUGCCCUGAGGGUGCCCCCACCCUCAGGGACCCCCUCCCGCCCGGCUCUGGAAGGGGGAAAGGGGUAAUAACUUACCUUUUUCCAGCGCUGGGUGGAGAGCUCUCCUCCUCCUCUCCGCCUCCGAUCCGCCCCGCCGGCUGAAUGCGCAUGCGCGGCAAGAGCUGCGCGCGCAUUCAGCCCGUCGCAUAGGAAAGCAUUUACAAUGCUUUCCUAUGGACGCUUGCGUGCUCUCACUGUGAAAAUUACAGUGAGAAGCACGCAAGCGCCUCUAGUGGCUGUCAAUGAGACAGCCACUAGAGGAUUAGGGGGAAGGCUUAACCCAUUCAUAAUUAUAGCAGUUUCUCUGAAACUGCUAUAAUUAUGAAAAAAUGGGUUAACCCUAGAAGGACCUGGCACCCAGACCACUUCAUUAAGCUGAAGUGGUCUGGGUGCCUAGAGUGGUCCUUUAAAAUCAAAAUAAUUUUACAAAGCUAUUGUUCGGCUGUGAGCAUUGGCAAAGCCAAUUGGCGAUUGUUGUGACACUGAGAUAACUGAUUUCUGUUUAACUUCUCAGGUUUGCUCGACUCGAUCCCGUAAAACCAUCUCCAAAAUUGCCUACCACAAGGGGGUCGUAAUUGUAAAGUGCCCAGGAUGUAAAAAUCACCAUAUCAUAGCGGACAACCUUGGGUGGUUCUCUGAUCUGCAGGGAAAAAGGUAAGUGCAGAUCUCAGCAGGAAAUAUAAAUUAUCUGUGUUAAUAAGCCCUCUGGUACUCGCAUGGUGGAAGGGAAAAAGCUUUAUAAUGACAGCUGAUAGACAUUUGUUAAAUUCUGCAAUCUGUUUUAAGAGGAUUUUUGUAUGAGCUGGAAAGCAUGGAAUAGGGAGACAUAUAAUAAACAUCUAUCGUAUAACUGUCAGGUCAUCAUCCCUGGCACAACAUAUUGCCAUAACCUCUACAACUCCCCUGUGUAAGGAGUCAAACUUUUUUUUACCUGCCGCCACAGUUAAUGCUGGCGAUCUAGAUAUUCUGAUUAAAGUACGUUCUGUUAGCUCUCCUGAGAUUAGUCGUGCAGUGCAGGGAUAAGCUCAUUGGCUCAGAAGGGCUAAUGGAAGGUUCUGCUUAGGAAUCGCUUGAACACUACUGUGAGCUGUAGUGGUUAUGGUGCUAGGAGUAUUCGUUUUUUAAAAAUAGAUUGCGGCAAAAUUCUAAAGGUAAUUCGCUAAAGUUGAAAUUGUUGGCAAUUGAAGAUGAAAUAUACUUUGAAUUCACUUCAAAUUCCUGACAAUUCGCACAUAGUGAAUGUAGCGGAGCGGCAAUAUUAAAUCCCACGAUCUCCGCUGGUAAAGAAGGUAAUCCACAGUCAGCGCUGAAAAGCAGGGCAAUAUCCCAAAUUCCCCAGUAACCGGACGAAACACAGUUCUGGAAGUCAGCUGAGGGUUUUUAUUCACAGCAUCCAGUAUUUAUGCAAGUCCCCAUGCAAGGGGUUUCCCUACUGACAUAGCAGGGGUAAUACAGUAGGGGACUACAUGGGGGACUUAACAUUCCGAUCUUUUCUCCCAUCAGGCACUGCUGCACGGGAGGAAUACUCCCACUAGAAUAUACCGUUAAGUGGAUUAUCCCUCCGUGCAGCAGAACCGGCAAUUCACUUUAAAAUCUAUAACUUUUACAAUACUUAGUCCAUUUAAACGAACGGACGUUCGGUAGAUAGCUGGGGUCUGAGUGCACAGUUCGUGAGAAUACCACUCAGAUCCCAGCUUAAACAACCGAACGCCGCACGAAAUACACUUUGCCAUUGAUUUCGCCCCAAAGUACCGAACACCGAUGGGGGAACCCUAAUAGUGAAAGACCGGAGCUCCCGAACGGCCUGGAACUCCAGCGGUGUUUGCGCCGUCGAGUAGCCGUUUUCAGUUCCACGCACUCGACGACCAAACACCGCUGGGGAGACAAAGGAUCCAAGAUGGCCGAUCGCCGCGUGGUCGGUAGCCGAACGACGGCCACCUAGGAAAGCCUCUAAUUACUGAUUGCAACAUUGUUGCAAUCGGUUAACGAGCGCCACACGUCCCUCUCUGUGUGGGCUAUUAGGGGGUAGCUCAUUCGGUUCUCGAACAGCCUGUAAAGUGGCUGUUCGUGAAACGAAACACAUGAAUGCUAGCGGCUUUCGGCUGCUAGCAUAGGAAUUCAAUACAAACAUACAUUAACACACAGUGUACAGCCAGGCUAUACAAGAAGUUGCAGGGAUAAUGCAGGCAACCUUUUUAUGCACAUCGUCCAGAUUAUUAUAAGUGGCUAGGUUUGCCACAGUGAAAUUUAAGGAAUUCCUGAGCAUGUGUGCAGCUUUUCUUGGGAAUUGUUUCCGUACACCUCCGAACUAAAUUAGCUUUCAUUCUCAACGUACACUUAAAUAUUAACUUGGCUCAGUCUACAUAUUAAAGUUUCAUACCUUCCAUUGUAGUUAAAAACACUCUUAAAUGCAGGAACUUAAAGAUAGAAUCUGUAUUGGUUUCCGUUAAUCCAAUAGUGUUGCUAAAGUGCAAUCCUUAAAGGAGCGGCUUAACAUUAGAAAUUCAAACGUGUUUUUCUAACAUUAGAUGAUAUUCUAGCAAAUUACAUUCAGGAGCCCCCCAUAAAUCGUAAAAUAGCUUUACUUAUCUUUUAGCCCUUUAUACGGUGGUCUCGCCACUGCUCCUGCCCAGCUCAGAUCAUCAGUGUUGAUUAUCUCAAUCGCCCAAUGUUUUCCCAUAGGGAAGUAUUGGGGGGGGCAUUGAGUGAGAUGCAUUCACUCAAUGCACCUAUGGGGAGCAUUCAGCAUUUUCAUGCUGAGUGUGAAGAUGUUGAACAUUGGUCCUGCAAAGAUUGUAGGACCGCACCAGGAAGAGUAUCUAGGGGUAGGUUGAUUGGCUGAGUGACAGCCACUAGAAUAGUGUAUUCUCAGAAUAAGAAGUAUUUACAUUUCUAAGACUACAGGGCCAGGCUCUCUGCUUAGUUUCCUUUUUUAAAGAGAGAUACCAUCAGUAUUAGAGGGAUAAGCUAUGUACUCUGUCAUAGGUUAGUUUUUUCUUUUCUAUUCUGUAACUCAUUGCCUUUGUAAGAGUACAUUAAGGUGGAUCAAAGCGUACUUCACUAUUGCCAUAUAUACAUGUAUCUGGUGGGGUAUUGCUGAAUUAAAGCAUUGGAUAGGAAGAUAUGUUGCUAGUAUGUCUUCCUUGGGAAAUAAAAAUUUUGAAAAGAAAAGAGGAGCUGACCUGGAUUUGUUGGUAUUUUCCCUCUGUGUGCAUACGUGUGAACAGUCCUGUACUAAGGACCAAGAUUAAAUGUAAUUGUUCCGACAAAUCGUGCAAAAACCUGCAGUGUCUGAAAUAGGUUAUUUUGUGACAGCAUCUAGAACUGUUAGGGGUAUACAUGUUAUUUAACCCUCUUUAAUGGGAUGACUGUAAAAUCAACCAGUGGAACAUGUUCUGCUCUUGAGUGACAUAACGUGUUGGCCGAGCACACGAUUUUAAUUUUUGGGGGCUUGUUUUUUAGUCUUUGAUGGUUGGAUGACCUCCCUGCUUGACACUGUUAUGCAUUUUGCAUUUUUCCUCUUUCAACAUUGUUCCUCCCCUGUAUCCCACUGAAGGAAUAUAGAAGAAAUUCUAGCGGCCAAAGGUGAGAAAGUUCAUCGAGUCCAGGGAGAAGAUGCGGUGGAAAUACUGCUUCACAACACAGCAGAAGAUCAUCAUCCAAAGAAUCCUGAAGACAAGGUGGAGGCGCCAACAAGCCAACCUGAUAAGCCAGACACAUGA